UGCCGGGCGGGGGGCGGGGGCGGGGGCAUUGCGUAACCCGGCGGGGGAGGGGCGUGGCGGGACCCCCGCGGCGGGUCACCGCGGUGACGCCCUGCCUGGGGGGCUCGGGCGCGGGCCUGUGUGACCUUGGGUUUGCCUCCCUGAAUGCGCCGGAUAGAUGUGCGGUGCGGAUACUGCGUAGCGCCGGGGGUCGCGGUCCCUAGCGGCUUCCUGCACGGAUGGUGCGUUCUGGGCCUUUCCGGGAGGAGGGGGUGUCGGGUUGAGAAAUGGCUUCAGUCAUCCACGUCGUUGCAUGCGCAUCUCAAAGUUUGUUUACGCAAUUGUUUUUAUAUUGAUUUGGUUUCGAUGAUCUGUGGAUUGGGGUUUUUCUCUGUGUGUGUGUGUGUGUGUGUGUGUGUGUAGUCUUCUGGUUUAAAGGCUUGUUUAUUUCUCGUGUACAUCGUAAAGCCAUACAAGAGAAACGUUUAAGUGUUGUAAAGGAUUUCAGUGUGACUAGCGAGGAAGAUGGUAUCCGUAUCGAAAUGCGAAUGCCUCACUAACUUUCCUUGGAAUUUUCUGGAAGAAGCUGCAGCCUGGAAGGAUUGAUGGAGAGUAAUUGCCUUCUGCAUAGCUUUUGUUAGGGAGAGAAAAUGAAACCUGAUCUUAGACGUUUUCUUACCUACACAUCCUGAGCACACUUCUGAGGUGGUGAAAUUUUGGAAAGAUAGAAGAGAGGAGGUGUAUCUUUAGCCUUCCUUUUCACCAUCUCAGCAUUUGUUAAUAGGCGAUCAUGAUUUACAGGAUGUCCAUGAUCAGAUUUCAUAAUUGUGUAUUAACGUUGCCUGCUAUAUUUAUUAAAACGUAGUGUUUCUUCCAAUAAGUAAAACGAAAUUAGCUUAAAAUCCUACCGAAAUGCCUAAGAAAUGAAUCAAGCAAAAGGGCUUUUAGUCUAAAUUUGUAUCAAGUCUCCUGUACUCUAGACUGGCCUUGAACUCAGUAUCCUUCAGCCUGGAGUACAAGCCAGUGAGGGGCCAUCUUUUUAUACACUUAGGGUUUUUGAAGUGUAUGUGUAUGGAUGUUUUGUCUGCGUAUUUGCCUGGUUACCACAUCUGUGCCUGGUGCCCAAGGGGUCCAGGAGAGGGCUCUGAACUCCCGGGACUGGAGUCAGACAAAUGUGAGUGCUGGGAAUCAAACAUGGGUCCUUUGGAAGAACAGCCAGUGAGUACUGUUAACCGCUGAGCCAUGCUUAAGAUCUUUUAAAAAUAGAUUUUUCACUGUUGAAUUUCUCUAGUCAAGCCCACUUUUAGUGUUCAAAGGACAUUUUCUAAGACUUUCUGGGAUAGCUAAGCUCUGAUGUAACCUGUUACAUAGGAUAGUGUGAGGUUCCACAUCCAGUCUUUGCCCUUGGUCAGCCUCACCAGGCCUAGUAACAGAACUGUAACUCCAACUGUUGGGGAGGUUUGGAAGUUCAAGGGCAGCUUGUCUCAAAAAAGUCAGACGUUGUGGUAGAGCAGUUCCUCUUCAGAUGCUGGACUCAGGUUUUGCCUCCCAGUACCACAAAGUAACUACAAUGUAAACAUUCCUUAAAUAGAGUAGGCUGUUGCAGGGAAUGAAGGCAUUCCUUUCAUGUUGUUGAUAAACUCCCACCACAUGCCCCCAGUCUGGAUAGAGGCAGAGCUGGCUGCUUAGGUAGUGUCUUUAAUUGCCAGCUCCAGAACAAGACAGCUGUAUGAUCCAGAAGCCCUGAGCCUGAGGCCCUGCCAUUCUCUGUCGUUCUGAAGGAUGAGGUGCCCUGCUCUUCUCUCCUUAGGAUCACAAGUCUCAGUUUUCAUUUUGGGACUCUGAAAAAUACUGCUAUUAGUGGGCUUGGAACUUCCUUUUAUGGGGCAGAAGAGGGCUGAAAACAAAGGGUGAAAGGGAUUGGUGGACUAAAAGUUACUUCCCUUGCAAAGUGGAAACUGGGAGAAGUCAAUAGAAAAACAGCUAGUUCCACAUCAUAUCACUUCAGGAUGGGGUUAGCAACUCACAGAGGGGAGAGAAUUUGUUUCGUGGAUUGAAAUGGCCUGCUGGGGAAAUCAGGUUGUCUUUGGUUUUUCUGAAGGUCAGAUAACUUAGUUUCAGUUUGGGUAGCUUCCAUAGGAGUGACUGUUUUGAUCUCUGGGAGUCUGGUGCAAGACUGGGCUUGAAGACCAUGGCCUCAGGACUUUUAUUUGACUGUCCUAUGUCGUGUCUCAGGUAGUAGUCCUCCCAUUAGAGAACGGUGAUGUGAGAUUGAUGCGAUUUGUGUGUGCCUCUUUGUUUUGUGGGUGGUCCAAAUUUCACCCUCAAACCAUUUGUAAGAGUUAGUCUCCUGGGAAAACGUUUUUGUAGAGUUUGAUCUUUGGGUUGGCCAACACAGUUACAUCUGGACUGACUGUAUUGUUAAUUGUUUGCAGCAUUUUUUUUCUACUGUGUUAGAAAUAACAUGAAGGGAGCCAGACAUGGCUUAUACCUGCAAUCCCAGUGCUAAGGGAUGGAGGAGGCAGGCGGAUGAAGGUGCAUGCAUCACAGACCCAUUGCUGUGGAGCGUUUCGGGGUUGGGAAUGAUACCUGCCCAUUAGCAGAACCUCGGUUUGAUGGAGAACAUCGAAAAACAAGUAUUUUCACCUAAAAGUCUAUUCUUUCUCUCUUCCUAAAUGAGAAGCUGCAUUUUUUUUCCUUCUAUCUGCUUUAUUCGGUUUGGAAGCCUGGAGUUGUGAAAAAAAAUGGCUUUCCCCUCUGGGUGGAACUCACCUCUGUGCAGUCCUGGGCAUACACCUGGAGGGGAGGCUUUAAAGCCUUCCGCCUCUGAGCGGCAGCCUUGUAGAGUUCCUCAGUGUAGUUCCAAAAACACAGCUGGACAAGUCAGGGUUGAUCCCUUCCCCUUCCUUCCCAGCUCUGCCACAGUUACUAAUGUCUGCUUUGUCUGUGAGAUGAAGUAAACAGCUUGCUUGGAAGAGCCUUCAUAUUGAGUCUAGUUUAAGUUGUUUUUACUGGGUGUCUACUGUAAAAUAUUCCUGAGUCAAAGCUGGAGAGAUUGCUCAGCUGUUAGGAGCACUCGCUGCUCUGGCAGAGGACUCCUGUCUGGUUCCUUGCACCCACGCGACAGCUCGGAAAGGUUUGUGGUUCCAGUUCUAGGGACUCCAUUGCCCUCUUCUGGCCUCCAUAGACAUUGCUUGCACAUGGUGCACAUAUACAUACGUACAGGCAAAGCAUCCAUGAAUGUAAGAUAGAAAUAAACCCUUAAAAAUAAAUAGUAUUGCCCUUCCCGUGAGUCCCGCAGGACUAAGGUACAUCGUAAGAAGUUUGCCUUUGCAGUCUAAUAGUUUGCAGGAAACUAUAGUUAUGCUCACAGUGAGGGAUUUAUGUGCCCAAGAAUAUCUGAGAAGAAGAUGUACAAUAGGAGAGAAAAGUUCAAAUGGUGGGUGGGAACAGUAGGAACAGAGCUGAUGUUGGUAACAGCUAAUAGCCUUCAGGGAGAGGAAGUUAUCCGUCCACUCACGCUUUGAAUUCCAGCUAAAAGUUAGUAGACGUUACCUUUACUCCCAGGAGGCCUAAGUACCGUAUCAGAAAUAGGCCAAAGUUCACUAUACUUCAUUCUUGGCACACAGUCACUGAAAUGUGUUAACACCUGUGGUUUUAUGUGCCUGAUACUUGUAUGACAACAAAUUUGGGGCCAGAUUUUAAAUACUGUAUUUUACAUGAAUGUAGUAGGUAUUUAUAGUAGAAUGUUGUAGUUGGUAUUACUUGAGGCAAGGUCUCACUGUGUGUGGGACAGUGGACCAUGCACCAUGCCAGGAAACUUGGUAAGGUAGAGCCUGUCUGAGACGGUAGGUGCCUCCCUGCUCCCUGCUAGAUUCCUGGCCUAGAACACAAGACCACUUUCUCCUGGUAGGUCAAAAGUGAUUUCUCCAUGCUAAUGAGGUACCUUGAGGCCCUGAGGGUUUAGCCAAUAAGCUUCCCUUCCUGGACACUCCUUCCUGCAAAAUUUCCGAUCCACCCUGAGAAGUUGGUAUGCAUCUGUUUUUCAUGAUAAACAGUCAAUUAACACUAUGGAUAAACAUAGACUGUGUACUGACUGGUUUUGUGUGUCAGCUUGACACUAACUGAAGUUAUCACAGAGAAAGGAACCUCUGUUGAGGAAAUGACUUCAUAGACCCAAUGGUAAGGCUUUUCUCAACUAGUAUCAAGGCAGGGAGGACCCAGCCCAUUGUGGGUGGUGCCGUCCCUGGGUGGUGGUCUUGGGUUCUAUAAGAAAGCAAGCUGAGCAAGCCAGAGCAAGCAAGUCAGUAAGCAGCAUCCCUCCAUGGCCUCGGCAUCAACUCCUGCUUCCUGACCUGUUUGAGUUCCUUUGGUGAUGAACAGCAAUAUGAAAGUGUAAGCUGAAUAAACCCUUUCCUCCCCAACUUGAUGUUUUGUGGAGGAAUAGAAACUCUGACUAACACAGACUGUCUCUUCUAUCAAGACCGCCAUGGGGAGAAUGGAGAAGGCCUUCGCCUAGAGAGCACAGCCUAAGUCUCCCAUAGAAGGCUCCACCAUGCUUCCAGACAACCGCCUUCCUUCACUGAUGAGCUGAGCUGGAGUGGCCGGAGUUUGUUGUUGUCCUUAGCCCUUGGGCCCUUACAGCCUGUGGAUCCCCAAUCCUUCAUUUCCUGACUCUUCUCUAGGGCACCCCAGCAGCAACUGGGUGCCGGUGGUCAGGGAACCUCAACUUGGGCCUUCCCAUCUUAGAUUGUGUUCUCCGACCCCCUGAGUGGUGUCUCAAUGCUACCCUAAAGCCCAGCACCAGAUGGUGGAGGUACAGGGAGAGGCAGGCAUUCAAGUGCUCCCUGCAUUUUGUCUCCCUGGCUGUGUGUCCCACACCCCAGCAGGAGUAGAACAUGGACCGGCAACUGUGCAGCCCUUGGGCUGGCCUUGAACCCAGAGAUCUGCUUGCCUCUGCCUUCCAAGUGCUGUGGCUAAAGGAACAAGCCUCCACGUUUCCAGGUGCUUAUUUUUUAGGACAGGAAACUAUAUCAACGUAGGACCAGGACUAGACUUCUGUUCCAGAGCAUCGUGGAAGGUGGGUGGACAUCUUAGAGACGUGAUGGAAGCCAGCUGAGGCUGGGAAGCUGGUCUGGACUUACCAGCAUGUUCAUGUCAUGUUGAAGUAGAUCUAUUCAUUGUGGGCAUUAGUCACAUUUUGGCAGAGUAAGUGAAAAACAAAGGUUGUUAUUUUUCUAAGUAUUGAGGAUCAGGCUUUGUGCAGAACAAGGCCUUGAGACUUGAGACUUGAGACUAGUAAUUUAAACAAAAUACUUUUUUUUAAAAGAUUUAUUUAUUCAAAAACCAUGGGUGUGGUGGGUGGGGGAAGAGACAGCUCAGUGGUUAAGAGCACUGACUGCUCUUCCAGAGGUCUUGAGUUCAAAUUCCAGCAACCACAUGGUGCUCACAAUCAUCUGUAAGGAGAUCUGAUGUCCUCUUCUGGUCAUCUGUCUGAAGAUAGCUACGGUGUACUUAUAUAUAAUAAAUCUUAAAAAAUGAUUUAUUCAUUUUAUGUAUUUCUCUAUCUGCACGUACACCUGCAUGCCAGAAGAGGGCAUCAGACCCCAUUAUAAUUGUGGGUGCUGGGAAUUGAACUCAGGACCUCUAGAAGAGCAGCCAGUGCUCUUAACCACUGAGCCAUCCCUCCAGGCAUCCAUCUCCUCCCCCUCCCCCCCCUUUAAGUCAGGAUCUCUUGUAGUCCAGGCUGGACUCAAACUUGUGUUCCUCCUGUGUCAACGUCCCGAGUGUGCAGUGUUGGGAUUCCAGGUUUACACUCCCACGUCUGUAGGCUUUUUGCCUGCAGUCACUUCAUUGUAAAAUCCAGGCUUUAGGUUUUAUGCUGGGUUUGUCCGUCUAACUGUAGACUGACUGACUUUGCUACAGCUAACUUGAGUUGUAUCCUGACACAGGUGAUAGGGAAAGAGUAUUCUUUUUCCUACUUGUGAUGGUUCCUGGGGAUUGUCACCAUGAUGGAAAGGCCCUGAGCUUUAUGCAAGAUUAUCUUAAUGAAGUUACUUGCUGUGAAGAGAACCACCCACUGAGGCCGGCAUGGGUCCCUGACUGAGAUCUUGGACUGGAGAACUGAAGGAAGGGAACAGAGGCAUUCUUCUCUGUUUCCUGAUUGUAGGUCAUGGUGCCUGUGAGCAGCAGCUUCAGCCUCCUGCUACCUUGAUUUGCGAGUGCUCUCUUGAGCUCUGAGUCAGAAUAAGCCUUUCCCCUUAGGUUGCUUUUGUCAGGGUAUUUUAUCACAGCAGCAGAAAGGAAGUGCUGAUACUAUGCAGUAGUCUUUUUGUUUUGGGGUACGCGGGGGUUACUUCCCUUUCACCUGGAUCAUUGUAGACUCCUGAGAUGUUUACUUAUUUAUUUGUAUGUAGUGUUUUUAUCAUGCACUCACUCCUUUUCCUCAGCUUGUUCCAACUUGAGAGCAUAGUGGGCCUUAACUUGACAUACUGUGUUAAUGUUAGACAUGGGGGGUUUGCUUCCUAUUGUGAGAUGUCUGGGGUUCAAGUUUUAGUUUUCUGCCAAAUGCUUAUGUUGUUUUAGCUCCUGUGGUUGGGAGUGGAGUUUAGGGCCUGUCAGCUCUGUUAUGUCCUUGCUACUGCUACUGUCCCACUUCCAUUGCACUGACUUGGGAUGGACAUACAUUUUGAUGCUGUGUGCAAUCAAGAUAAGUACUCGAAGGUUUUACAUUGAGUUCAUCUGUUUUUCCUUUGAUCUUGAAAUGUGUAGUCUUAGCAACAUCAAUGCAAUUGCAUUCCCCCACAUUGCAUAGGUAGUCGUUUGAAAAUAAUUAGUAGAGCAGCUCUAGGAUCUGUUUGACCAACAGUUCUUUCUGUCUUUAGAAACGUACCUACAUCUGUUGUAUUGUUGGUAUUCUGAACCAGAAAGCCAUCUAAAAAUGUUAGCUGACUUGGUAGUAUAAAAGCACUUGUUCAGGCAAACUUGACCACCAUCCUUAUAUUUCACAGUAGAAGGAAAAAUCAACCUCCACAUGUGUAAUGUCAUGAGAACACACACACACACACAGAAGCUCCCUUGAAAAAAAUAUUCAAUUGUGGUGUAAGUUUGGUUUGUUUGCAUUAAAUCCUUUCUUAGUUUUUAUGGGUCAAUAUAAUGCUUUUAAAGUUUGGUAUUUUGAGACAGGGUCUUGCAACCUCUUGGCUCAGCUCAUGUUCUGGGAUUGCAGACCCAGCCACUGCAUGUUAUCUGCUUUAAUUUUCUUACUAUGUUUUUGUUUGCUUUUUUUUUCUUUCUGCCCAUGGCACGUAUCCCUGUGAGCAAACAUUAAUAUAAUUCAGAAAUCCGAACAGUUUUCAGGAGUCAUAGUGACAUCUCUGUUGGCCCGUCAUCCGACCUGACUCCCCAGUGAUGUUUCUCUUCCUUCUUGCUGUUUGAUUUUUGAAAAUAGAAACACCUGUAUUUUAAUUUCCUUCUUUUGUGCCAUGGGUUGCUUGAUGUCAACGAUUCUAGGGCGUCAUGGUGGAGUCUUCAUACUGCUUCCGUGCUCUGUGGAACCAUGAAUUGUUAUCAGGAGGAAAUGCUGGUUUUGCUUGCCUUCUGUCCAGGUUCAGUGCCUCUUCACUUUUACUUAACUUUUGAAGUUUGAGGUUCAGUAGCAAAAUUAGCAUGAGUCUAGUGUUUUUUUUUUUUUUUUAAGAAAAUUAAAACAUUUAAAAUAAUGAAGUUUCUUUUAGUAUUUAUUUUUAUUUUCAUUUCCAAAUGAAUGUGCUUGUGCAGUAGUGUAUUGUAUAUCAUGUGUCUGUGGUUCCUGGUGGAAGCCAGAAGAGGGCAUCACAUCCCCUGAAGCCAUCAGAAGUUGUUAGCUACCCUAUGGAGGUUCUGGGAACUGAAUUCCGGCCCCCUGUAAGAGCAGGCUCUUAGGUACUGAGGCAUCUCUGCAGGCCUGGGCUCACCCUUACCAUAGAGUCUGACGACUUUGGCAAACUUUUUUUUUUUUCUGUUUUGUUCUUCCCUUUAAGUCUAGAAUUUCCACGGUUUUUUCCCUAUAGGUAUGCUAUGAUUUUCUUUGGCAUAUCCAAACUGACAGUAUUACUGUAUUUGUACUCUUACUGUGUAAACUGAGAUUUGAGCAUGAGCCUGCAGGUUCUGCAGUGGUGUGGAUCUGAGAGCCAGCCCCUGUGCCUACCAGGUGAUUCCUGGGUGGGUAGCUCGUGUACUGCAUAGGUGGGUGGGCGGAAGGGGCAGAAUUUCAUGCUGCUACUCAGAGCGUGCUUUCAGCCUCCGUUUGCAGUGGUGAUUGAAGCCUCCCUAGGGAAGUUCAGGCAUCUUGGUAUUUGUUGAUUUUUCUCUUUACAAUUCCUUAUCUUCCUUUGGAUGUUUUUGGUCACGAUUUACUUUGUUGGGUAUGAAUUGGACUGGAGAUGCUAAUGUGUCCGGUACGUGCUACAGUCUCAAACAGGUUUCUGCAGGUCUUGGCCUCACUGGAGUUCAUACUCCUAGUCCUUCUCAAAGUAAGGGAGUGUCGUUUUGCUUGAUAAAAUUGAGUAGUUUUCUCAAAAAAAUUGAGCUCUAUAAAAGCAGAGAUUGUUUUUGUUUUGCUCUUAAUUACUUUCCUAGUACUUCGUUCAUUCUCUAGGUUUUGAUUUGAAUGGAAGGAACUCAAGGCUGUGAGUUUAAAGUUUGUGGUCUGCUCUGCAGGUACUCACCCAGCUUAUGGUGAUGGUUAAGUAAGCACUCACAGCUUUUAUUCUUCUUUCCCAUGUUGGUGAUUGACUCUAAGGGCCUCCAAGUCAGUCACCAACCUUCACCUACACUCAGUUCUCACGGUGGAGAAGCUAGAGGGCAGCCUGCUCAGCCUUGAAGCUGCUCUGCACAGCCCUGUACCUGUGCAGCGCCACCUCCUGGCCGAGCCAGCCACUGGGAAGGAGAUCUGGGAGUGCAGUUCAGCUCCUGCAGAGUUAAUGCACUACACACCUUAGUGAGGGAGGGGCUCAGGCUUAAACCAGGUGUCCUGUCAGUGGCUGACAGCCAUAGUGCAACCAGAGUGCUGAUGGAUGUUAAUCAGCUUUUCCUGACAGGUAUUCAUCCCAGCCAAGAAAGGGCACCAGCAGACCAGACAAAGGAUGUUUGUGAAUCAAUGAGUUUAUAUUUGGGUUACUUUACCAGAGCUUGAUUUACUUCUGCAGCUCCUCCACCAAGCAAUCCCAACCUGCUGAGCUGUUUAGUGGUUUCUGCUUGUUGGAAGGGAAAGGUAUCUCCUGAGUCCUGUGCCCAGCCCUCUGGGAGAAAAUGUUACUGGCCCCAUUUUGGAUCUCCUGAGGGGUCUUCCCCAGCCGCUCUGCAAGUACUGCAGUAGUGAGUCUAACCCUAACGAGCUGCACAACAGUGGGGAGGGCAUUGAUGUGACAGCGCCAACCCAAGUCAGGUCCAGUGUGUGCUCAGAGUCAACUGAGCCAGACACCUUGGGAGCUGUGCCAGUGGGAGUGGCCUUUCUGGUCCAAGCCACAGAGACCCACCUACCUCUGCUCCCUCCUCUGGCAUUUUUCUCACAACCUGCCCCACCAAUCUUCUAGACAUGUAAUGAAGUGACUUACCAGAAAAGUGUACAGUCUUGCCACUGUGCAAACAAAAGUGAGACUAUGUGGGACGAGAUUUUAAGUGUGGAGUAAUUAUGGUCAGAACAUAGACCCGCAACAGUUGCAUAUAGGUUUGUAUAUUACACAAGGCGCUUCACAGAUAACCCAAGCCCAAGAUUUUGUACAUCUCAGGUGUAGAGCUAAUACACUGAUGAUAGCGUUUAUUUCUUUGACAGAUUCUUGCUGUGUAGCUCAGGCUGCUGUGUGGGCCUUGCUGUGUAGUCCAGGUUAGCCUGAAAGUAGCAGUCCUCCUACCUCAGCUUCCAAAAUGCUAGAAUUACAGGCCUACGUUAUACUUUACAUUCUCUGUGCUGUAUACUGUGUCAAGUGACUAGUGUGGUUCCUGGUUACUUUGAGACUAAGUUAGGAAAACUGUUCAAAUGGCAUUUGGGGAAUUACCAGUAACAAGAGGAAGAGAGGCUAGGAGAUAUGAAAAGUAGAAUUAAAAACAGCAUCUAAGUUGCAAGAGUAAAACUCCAGUGGUGGCUGGUGAAGUCCCAGGGCUCUUUGUGGGAAAGGCAUUGUUGUGACAUUUCAAGUAGAAUUUGGUGGACUAGUACAGGGAGGGACCCCCUUUAUCUGAGGGGUAUGGGAAUUUGAGCACAAUUUCAGGGCAGAGUAGAAAAGGUGAGACCGAUGUAAAAGCGCUGUGUAUUCCUGCGCUCAACAGUGACUGUCUGCAUGCCUCUCAGUCCAGACCGGUCACUUAUGGGAGAAGGGACCUUGCCGUAUUGAGCAGGGCCAAGUAAGGUGCCAGACACACUGGAAGUCUGCUCUCCCCAGUGCCCCAUUGUGGUCAUCCAUGUUCUUCCUGAAAGGCAUCUUGUUUUUCCUUAGUGGGAACUCUCACUUUCUCUCUGUCUAUAAUAUUGAUUCAGUAUUACUUCAUUUUGGAUUUAUCUGGCUUUCUUCUGAAAAAAUUCUUCACUGUAGCGGUGAUGAAAUUAAUUAGUUAUACCUGAAAUAUUUUGACCAGUAGCUGUAUGCAGAAAUCAGUCUAUAAACUCCAAGUGAAUGGAGAUCUUCAGACUCUUUAGUGUGCAGCUGUCCACUCUGUCCCUACUGGGGAACAUCAGUGAGGAUCAGUUUCGUCUUAUUCCUUCUAGACUUUGAUACUUGGUGUGGUGUAGACCAGGCUGACCUUGACCCCCUGAUCCUCCUGCUUCUGCUUUCAAACUGCUGCCACCUUUUCAACAUCAUUUUCUCAAACCAAAUCUAAGGUUUAAGUUUUUAGGCAGGGUUUUACUGCUGUGAACAGACACCAUGACCAAAGCAACUUGUAUAAGGACAACAUUUCACUGGGGCUGGCUUACAGGUUCAGAGUCCAGUAUUAUCAAAGCGGGAUCAUGGCAGUAUCCAGGCAGGCAUGGUGCAGGAGGAGCUGAGAGCUCUACAUCUGUCUGAAACUGCAAGCAGAAUACUGGCUUCUAGGCAGCUAGGAUGAGGGUCUUAAAGCCCUCUCGGACAGUGACACACCUACUCCAACAGGGCCACACCUCCUAAUAGUGCUGCUCCCUGGGCUGAGCAUAUCCAAGCCAUCACAGGUGGUACUUUUUUUUUUUUCUUUUUCCUUUUUCCUUUUUUUUUUUUCCGGAGCUGGGGACCGAACCCAGGGCCUUGCGCUUGCUAGGCAAGCGCUCUACCACUGAGCUAAAUCCCCAACCCCACAGGUGGUACUUUUAAGAAUUCAUUUUAUUGUUAGAGAAUGAAGUAAAGGCUAUGUAGUCUUUCCUUCCUCUAAACCGACUGCCGCCUCCCUCCCCCACCCCAUCCAGAUGUGAGAAAAGUAGCUAGUAGACACUUCCCUUAGUUGUGAAGCAUCUGUUCGAGAGUAUGACUCCUUAUAUUGAGACAUAGAACUGAACAUGGGGGUGGGGGUGGGUAGGUUAAUAACAUCAGAAGGUUUCUGAGUGUGUUGUGACCAAAAAUACUCGGGGAGAAACAGUGAAUGAAUCUGAGGCAUUGGGCAGUACUUGCCUGUGUUGUCUGUGACGACUUCCCCAUGUGUGGACUUGUUCUGUACCUUUACUCUUGGGGUUGAGCCGUUCCCCCAGUGUCCAAACACUGCCUGUGCUCAGCUUAGAGCUGCUGUAGUCAUAGUGUUUUCACUGUGUAUACAAAAAUUUCUGAUCCUCAGAAAACACACAUAAUUUUCCUAUUAUUUCCUAGCUUGUAAGUAUCAAAUCAGUGUAGCUUUGGAUUAUAUUGUAUUAGUGUUUGACCCUUAUAAAGUUGCUGUUUGAAUGGUUUUAUAAGUGAAUCAUUGAGCAAACUUUGAUUUAGAAUUAGGACAGAACUUUGAACAUUUCUGAAACGGCCCAAUUCUUUGUACUGUUCUUUUCUGUGAUGGUGCAUUCUUAGCAGUGAUGAUCAUAGAAUCAGAAAUACCUGCCAACUGUGAAAACAUGGUGACAUUCUUCAUCUUGCAGUCUCAAACAUUUCAGCUAAGGUUUAAGUCUUUGUGUAAAAAUAAAGUGCAUUUUUAUUAGUGAGAAAAUUUGUUUUCAUUUUUCAAUAAUAAGAUUAGAGUCUACCAAAUAAUUGUUUUGAAGUAAAUUUCACUGUGACUCUUCAAUAAAUGUGAUUUGUGUAUUUAUCAUGUUUUUAUCUCCAGAGUUAUGUAAAAUUUCUCUUGCAAAGUUGAGGAAGCCCUGAAAAACCUCAGCUUCUCUGCUCCUCGUGUCAGUGUGGUUUGAUAAUUCACUAAGUAGGCACAGAGAGUACAGUCUUUUGUGAUUACAACUUUGUGUCAGAAAAGGAUGCGAAGGACCAGCCAGAGGAGGUCCUCAGAGUGAGGCUGUGAGGGGAUCCUCCUGUGCAGUCAGGUCAGAUGACCCCUGGCACAGCUGUACACCAGCAUACGGAGUGCUGUCAGUCAGUAGAGCUCACAUGAGCAUGUGUGUCACAGACUACUGAUGGUUCAUGUGUCAUCUUCAUUGGUUGAGUAAUUGGCAUCUCCUUUCCCUAGAUGUCUGGCUGUUGUCUGGGGCUCAAAGCUGCAGCCUCCAAUCCCUCGAUUGCUCUUUCUGUGUGGUUAGUCCCUUUCCCAGUAUUUAUAGUGUUAAUUAGCUGAGAGCUCAGGUUGACUUUGAGACAGUCUUGACCUUGGAAGUUUUGGGAUAUAGAGAACUGUUUGAGGAUCUACAUUAAGACUGCGAGCUUUGGUGUGCCAUCCAUAAUUCUGCUUCUCCAGGGUAGCUGAGGACUCCACCCUGAGCUGCACUGUGGUCAUUGGUGCUUGAGCGCCUGGUGCCUUUGGCACAGGGCUAGUCUUUGCUGGAGUAGCAGGUCAGUGGCUGCCACAAUUGAGUUUACCUGUUUGAGGUCUACAAUAUGUGCAGAGAAGGUUGGUAAGAUCUGUGGCUUCUCUUGAGAGUCAGGUGCAGUGUAUUGUGUCUUCCUGGGACAGGGGUGCUGUAUUUCAGAAGGAAGGUUAAAAAAUGAGAGUAUUGGUUUCCACCAUCUGGAUUUGUGGUCCUUUUUAAAAGUUGGUAUCUGGGGCUCGAGAGAUGGCUCAGUGGUUAAGAGCACUGACUACUCUUCCAGAGGUCCUGAGUUCAAUUCCCAGCAACCACAUGGUGGCUCACAACCAUCUGUAAAGAGAUCCGAUGCCCUCUUCUGGUGUAUCUGAAGACAGCUACAGUGUACUUAUAUAUAAAAAAAUUAAUAAAUCUUAAAAAAAAUGCUUAAAAAAAAAGUUGGUAUCUGUGGGUUUAGUCAGAGGGAUGGAUGGUUUUGCUUAAAUUGUUAAAAGAGUGUUUUGACCUUUGAAGAACUUAGAUACUUCUUAAAAGUUUAUGACAACCAAGGUGUUCAGCAACUUGAAGUAAUUGAGUCCCUUUUAUAAUUUUUAUUUUUUGGUGGUGCUGUGGAUGAAACCUAGGGCUUCUCACAUACAAAUGAUCUAUCGCAGGGGACUCAUCCUUUAUCUUCACAUUAACUUUGAUGUCCAGAGGCCUUCAUUUAGGCUUAGGUAGUGUAUGAACAGUGUUAUUUGGGAUCUCUAGUGAGACUUAUUUUACCCCCAAGAAGGUUCUGAAUUGCAUUUCUCAGAAAUACAGAAUCUAAAGCCAUUGCCCAGUUGACACCUUUUGCUCUUGACUUCUGUUCUUCAAAGUGGGCUCUCCCCCACCUGGUGCCUGGAUUUAGGUGACUUUGUCUCAGAGUGAUUGUCCUUCUAUGGUGGGAGGUUUCGAGAAUGCUGAGGAAACUGCAAUGAGCAGGUAAAUGUCUGUCUGUGGAUGGCUCCCUCCAGCUUCUGUGUGGGCACGUGUCACAGUGUACACUUGGAGGUCAGAGGAGAAGUGUGGAGUUGGCUCUCCUUCCAUCCUUAUGUUGGUUCUGGGGAUCCAGGUCAGCUGCUCAGGCUUGUGCAGCUCAUGCCUUCACCCACUGAGCCCCUGCGCAGGCUUCAUUUAGAAAGAAAUACUGUACUAGGAACGAUGGCGUGGAGAUGGAGCUCACUCGCCAGAGCGCACACUUAGCUUGCAUGAGGCCCUGGCCUCCUCCUUUCUGUCUCACUAUAAAACCAGAUGUGGUGAUACACAGCACAGGAGGCAGGAGGAUCAGAGGUUCCAGUGCACCCUGGACUACGUGAGACCCUUUCUCAAGAAAAUCUUCCAGUAAAUUCCAUCCUUUAAACACAGCAUCUGUGCUGCAGAAGCCAGUUCUGACCUCAGCCUUCCCCUGACUUUCCUCUUCAGCUCGUAAGGCACGACAGGCUUUUUCACUGAGGCAUCUUGCUGGCCUCUUGACGGAAUGAAUUACACACAGUGGGGCUUCAUUCUGACACUUUUACACCUGAGUGAGAGUGCUUGGGAUUCCAUGUGUUUUUGCUGAACUUGUAAAGGCGACACCUGGAUGGUGGAUUAACAAGAACACUGACCUGUGGGCAGCCUCAGCUGAGAACAUUGGAUUUUUCACCCUAGUCCAGCAGCUCUGCUGCUCACAUAGAUGCAGAUGAAUGAAGACCCCAUUCGGGAAGACACCUGGCCAGCGGUCCAGAGCUGAUGCAGGCCAUGCUGGAGUCUCUGCAAACAUGAUGAAGAAGAGGACAUCUCACAAAAAACAUCGGACCAGUGUGGGACCAAGCAAACCUGUGUCCCAGCCCCGGCGGAACAUCGUAGGCUGCAGGAUCCAGCAUGGGUGGAGAGAGGGCAACGGCCCUGUCACCCAGUGGAAGGGGACUGUCCUGGACCAGGUGCCUGUGAACCCUUCCCUGUAUCUCAUAAAGUACGAUGGAUUUGACUGUGUCUAUGGACUAGAGCUGAACAAGGAUGACAGAGUCUCUGCACUUGAAGUCCUCCCUGACAGAGUUGCAACAUCUCGGAUUAGCGAUGCACACUUAGCGGACACAAUGAUUGGCAAAGCGGUGGAGCACAUGUUUGAAACAGAGGAUGGCUCUAAAGAUGAGUGGAGGGGGAUGGUCUUGGCACGGGCACCAGUCAUGAACACAUGGUUUUACAUCACCUAUGAGAAAGACCCUGUCUUGUACAUGUACCAGCUCCUAGAUGAUUACAAAGAAGGCGACCUCCGCAUUAUGCCCGAUUCCAAUGAUUCGCCUCCAGCAGAAAGGGAGCCAGGAGAAGUUGUGGACAGCCUGGUAGGCAAGCAAGUGGAAUAUGCCAAAGAAGACGGCUCGAAAAGGACUGGCAUGGUCAUCCAUCAAGUAGAGGCCAAGCCCUCUGUCUAUUUCAUCAAGUUUGAUGACGACUUCCAUAUUUACGUCUACGAUUUGGUGAAAACAUCCUAGAUGUCAUCACAAACUCUGCCAAAUUUGUGGAACUAUUAAAUGUAUAAUUUGUAGACAUAAAGACUCGAUUGCUUUCCAGUUUAAUGAAAGCUUAGAUGUCCCUGCGAACCCACAAUCUCCACCAGCAGAGCUGGUGUUGUUCUGAAUAGUGCAGACUGAUUCAAACACAAGGCAUCUGUGAGGGGUCCUCCCUCUUCAGAGUGUCUGUGUGAGGGGUCCUCCCUCACAGGAAGGCUGUCUGUUGGGGGUUACAAGCAAGGUGGUAAAGUUAAGCUAGCAUCAUAGUCAUUUAAACCUGGAUAGGUUGUACCCAUUUCCCCUUCACUCUGACACUGUCUUAUUCUGCUGCCACAAUGCAAGCAUAGUUUGUUAUUUUUGUUACUGCCUUUUUUGAGAGAUUAUGUAUCUAUAUAGCUACCUGUCUAGAUCUGCAUCUGUGUGCCUAUGUAUAUAUUAUACACACACAGAGGCACUCACCACUGACACGCCUUUCCUUGCGGAUUGGGGUGGGGGUGAAAAUGUUUUCUCCAGUUCAACAGGAGUGCUCGAUCCAAGUCAGUCAUAUUUAUAAUAUGCCUGCUCUUUGUUUGAAAUUAAAUUUGGGCACAGGAAGCACACAGAGACAUUUAGGUUGUUUCAAAAGUCAAUUUCUGAGUACCAUUUCAAUCCGGAGGCUUUUGGCUGAGUCCAGGUAUAAAUUAGCCAUAAACAGUCAAUGACCCACAGUAGAAUUCUGGUAAACUGUUGAGAAAUCUGGGUAAAAGGCUGCCUUCAAUUCUAAGCUUUAUUUUUUUUUUUUUUUGUGGUUUUUGUUGUUAUUGUUUGUUUCUGUUAUCGUUGUUGUUUACUCUUUAAUCAUAACUACUUUGACAAUAGAGCCCGGGUCCUUGGUUCACAUGGAAUAAUAUAGAUGUGCUUCUAGACGGCGCAUUAGUCCAUUUGUUCACACCUGUCAGCGGGGUUUUACUACAUGGACUUAAAAGGCAACAAUAAAUCCAGGGUUUGUAUGUGCCGUAGAUCCCCGCAAGAACAGUGCAUUUGUAUUAGAGAUGUAAGUUUUAAGUAUGGCAUUGUUGCCUUCUCUCAAGUUCUCUGGGACUUUUUAAUUUUUAUUACUACUAUUGUUGAUAUAUGAUUAUGGUCAGAAGGCCUCUUCUCCCCUUCCUUACUCUCUCCCACUCUUCCUGGCUUUCCCCCACAGAGAAUGCUAGACCAAUAUGGCUUUUUGCCUUGACCCUGUUGUGGCAGUGUUUGUUCUUGCUCCAAGUGUGUUAUUCAUGCAGGUUUAUCCCCUCCGUGGCCUCCGGGCUCUGCAUGUCUAUGAUGUGUCACUGGACGGUCAUCCUUGCUGGUUAUGGGUGGAUCGCAGCUCUUCACCAUCAAGUGCAUUCAUGAUUUGCUCCUGUGAGGUGGUUUGAAGCUGAAAUAGAACUGACAUGCAGUUGGUUGACUAGCCAAACCUCUGCUCGCUCUCACUUUGUCUUGUAGGAAGCCUGGUAGCUUGUCAGCUGGAGAAAGACGGUUUGUAGAAUCAGUCUCGUGGUGGUUGGAAAUCUAUCUGUGGCUGCACAGUAUUGAUGCUGUCAAGCAAACAGCAGAGGCGUGGCCAAGUGUAGGCAUGCUUAACUAGUUGGGGUUCUUCCUGAUGACCAAGUGUAGGUAUGCUUAACUAGUCGGGGUUCUUCUUGAUGACCAAGUGUAGGUAUGCUUAACUAGUUGGGGUUCUUCCUGAUGCAAGAAGUCAGUCACGGUUCAAGGCGCAUGGCUAUUGGAUAUCCAUUUAGUCUUCACAGAGGCUGACCGCCCUGUGCUGCAGGCAGGGUGGUCACAACUGCUCACCAUGUGAACACAGUACCUCAGUUCCGUCCCUGGCUGCAGUCACCGUGUGCUCAGUGUUUUCUCCUAGGCACCAGGGACAAGCUUCUCAAAGCCGUGUGAUCUACCCUAGUCUUGGGUGCCUCUAGUAUACGUGACCAGGUGUUGUCCUGCAUGUAAAUCUCCGAGCAGAGUCUGUCUCUUCCAGCCCAUACUGGUAAUCUGUGGCACAAGUGGAUGAGAGUGUCCUGCAUGCACCAAUGGUGCAGAACAUGCACGGUGACUGGAAAGUCAAACUCCUUUCGAAAUGUCCCGAGGACUGGAUCAGUUCCAACAUGUCUGCCAUUAUCUGAUGCCUUGCAUUGUGGUUUUCUGCAAGCAACCUAGGUUGGCUUUGGUUACCCGUGACCUCCCGGUCUGGGGUUGCAACAGAAGACGGGGAUGACUUUGCUCACUAUUCCAAAUACUGCCUUUAUGUAAGGCAGAGGGAAGGGGAAGGUUUUUAUUUGUUUGUUUGUAUUUUAAUUGUUUCACCCCUCCUCCCACUCUUUUCUUUUGGUGGCUUCCACCACCCUGAAUGGUGACGGACUCCUGAGCCUGCCGCCUUGGGCUCCCCUUAGGCUCACAGUUCAGAUCUGCAUGCCUUGCUUGCAUUGUCCUGGUAUCUGAAUGUUGACUCCUCAUUUAGGAGUUGAACAUGAAUUUCCAAAAUUUUCAUGGGGCUUGUGGCAACACAAGCAGUGAAUCUGUGUAUAAAAUUUACUGGCCUUCCUCACUUACCUGCUCUAGUAUCGUAUCGUGUGUGCGUGCGUGUGUGACGUCAGGCUGCCACGUAAACUUCAGAGAAGAACCUUAAAGCAGACCAUCCAUUUUUGCAUGCUCUCUUCUAAGUAGAAUGUUCAAUGUAACUAACUAAACCUGCAUGUUAAAGAGACCUAGGUUCUUUCUUUCUUGCUUUCUUUCUUUCAAUUUGCUUUUGGUUUCCUGUAUAUUUGCUUACUGUGCUGUUCUAGUGGUUGUAGGGUAAAGACGCACUGGUGAAGCAGUCGUAGCGCCGACAGAAGGUGAUUCCAGUUGUAUAUGUCACGCAGCAUUCGAAGGGACUGUGCACGCUCUAAAAAUCACAGUUGCUUCUAAGCCAGAUUUCAUUUCUAUUCUUGUUUUAUGUGCCAAACCCCAAAGUGCAUUGGGCCUGAAUCUCUGAACUCUGUAGACCCAUUAGAAAGAAGACUGUUCUGAGCAACACAAACUGUAGUGCCUGAAAACACUUAACACUGAUUGUCUGAGAGAUGGAGGUCCUCCAAAGAUGACACAGGGAAAAUACUCAAAAUAAUCAUGGCCGAAAUGUCUGUGUUCCUUGGGAAUGCUGCGCUCUCUGUAUUCUCCACCAUUGGUGCAGUUCGAACGAACGAACGAACGAGUAGAGUUCAGAGGUCUUCGUGUUCACAUUUAAAACUAGAAAAACGACCUCAUUUUUUGAGCUUGAAUUCAUUUUUGAUUUUAAUUUUAUUUUAUACAACGUGUAGACAGUUCCCUGUUCUCUGCAUUUAGAAGUAUACACAGUACAACUCUGUUAAUUCUGUAAGUAAUUUUUAUAAUUAUGAUGUAACUCUAUCCUUCCUUAAAACAUUCAAAAUAAACCCUUUAUGUGCAA